AUGAAGCCUGAAGCCCUGAGAGAGGUGCACAAGACCACUUUUCUUCCACUAAAAUACAUAAAAAAUACGGAGAACUAUGUACUUUACCGAUUCCAACAGGAGGAAUUGCACCACAUCUUCAACUCAGGCCUCAUCCAAGGCAGCACACUAGUAGACAUCGGCUCUGGCCCGACGAUCAACUUCGUGCUCUCGGCCACCAAGAACUUCCAGGACAUCGUGGUCAGUGACCUGGUCGAGAGCAACCGACUCGAAGUGGAGAAAUGGCUCCGGAAGAGCGAAGACUCCGUCGACUGGUUGUUCCGGGCGGAACAAGUUGCCGACCUGGAGGGACAUCGGGACACCAAAAAGGGGGCCUACGAAAUCAUGGAGCGAGCGCGUCGUGCAAUCAGCAAGGUGGUCCCCUGCGACGUCCUGGAGCCAGGAGUGCUUCCAGAGGAACACAGGAAAACGUUCGACGUCGUUCUUUCGUGCAACUGUUUGGAGGCGGCGACGGCAGACUCAGAGUCGUUCGGGCGUGUUCUGGCGAACAUGGGUUCGCUAGUGAAGUCUGGAGGUUUUCUCGUCAUAGUCGGCACGGGAGGAAUCACCUGGUACGAAGUGGGCAAGGAGCCCCUUCCCAUGAUGGUGCUCACCAAAGAAAUUGUCAAGAAGGCAGUGACGGAUGCGGGAUUCGAGAUCAAGAGGUUUCGCACCGGAGACUAUGACGGUCCUAUUUUAGAAGAUCGAGGCAAGCGAUUCGGAUGGACCCUGGUGGCUCGCAAGCCUUAA